AUGAGACAGGCCGGGGCGUACUCCUCCAUGCUCGUUGGCGGCGUCUCAGGGAGAACCGGCCCCCACUCGCUGCCAUUGGCCCGGAUAAAGAGGAUCAUGAAGCAGUCGAGCGACGACGUGAGGAUGAUUUCAGCCGAGGCGCCCGUCGUGUUCUCCAAGGCCUGCGAGCUCCUCAUCGGGGUGCUCGUGCGACGAGCUUGGGCGGCCGCCCUUCGCCGCAAAAGGCGGACCCUCCUAAAGGAGGACGUGGCGGCCGCCGUCACCAACACUGAUGUCUUCGACUUCCUCGUCCAGGUGGUGCAACAACAGCCCAAGUAG